AUGAGCUCCCCCCAGGAACAGGGUCACCACGACCCUAAGACUUGUCCCGAGAUUCAAGAAAGACUCAACAGCGAAACUGCUGUUCAAAACAUUCUUCAAGUGGCCCAGCAGAUUGCCCCUCCACACCGAGGGGUCUCUGAAUUUUUGAACCUCGACCUUGCCGAUUUGGCAAAGUCUGCGGACCUGAUGGUCGUGGAGGAUGCAGAUGGCCUGGAUACGAUCUUCGAGACCGCACUGCAAGCACGCAUCUUUCGCCAGGCUCUACUUCCCAACAAGCGAGGUAGAGACACGACCAUACCCAGCACCCAAGAACAGCUUCGUGCCCAUGUCAAAGUUCUCUUCAAGGCAUUCAAGUGUGUUCCUGAAGAUUGCAGUUGCCAAGAUGCAAUCAAGAGACCAUUCCGAAAUCAGAUUCAUGAUAACUACCUUGUCGAAUGUAUUUGCUGGGAGAUUCUAGAGGCAUGCAUCGAGCGCUCAAGGAAAGAUGCGAACCUUGUCGACGCAUGGGAGCCGGGCAAGUUCAAGUACAAGCGAACCAGUGAUUGGACCUUUGAAGAACGAUUUAACAGCAUUGUGGAGACCAUGGCAACGUCAAAGACCAUCUGCAAACACCUCUUCGAUGUCAAGUACAUGUUGAAAGUCGUCGACGACCCAAGGACCAAUGCUGAGCGUGUCGAGGCGAAUAGAAAACUCAACGGCCUGAAGGCUCGAGUCAUGAAGAGAGGCAAGGAAGCAGAAGCCGAGGACAAGAGACAGGUCAAACGUGUCAAGACUGAAGAGAGCGACGAUGAGGAAGCAGAUGACGACUUCUCGCCUCCGCCUGUCAAGCAGGGUUCUCGACGCAGUCGACAAACCUCUGCUGCUGUUCCUGCUAGGACGACCCAGCAGCCAAUAACCACACCAACACGUCUGCCACUCCCUGUCUUCCAUCCAGCGUCUGCACCUGCAAACAUGUCUAUGGCACCACCAGCCAUGUUUCGACCUCGCAACUCACAGAGUCUUCAACCAAGCCCGCUUCCACAUCCCCACGACAUCUUUGACAACGGUCCAUAUCGUCGUGCCAUUCCUUCAGGGAUGUUUGGCAAUGUCCUCCGUCCACAAUACUCGCAGGCCUAUGGCCAGACAAUGCAGACACCGUCACCAGUGCCACGGAGCGUCAUGCAACAGUACCCCCCGAUGUUCGCACAAGGUUAUGCGACAACUUCUGACGCUCGGUUUCAGCCACUUCACACCACACCCAGCUCUCGACCCACGUCCAGUGCUUCAACUAACCAUACCGAGUCAGUGACUCCCAGCGACCAAGCCUCACCGCAUGGCUGGCUAAGUCAGCCCGUGCAGGACAGCUUCGGGAUCCACUCUGAUUACAGCUCUGGGGCAUCGACCAUCUCUCCCGAUCCUUUCGCGAUCUCGACCGGUGACAAUCCACAAUGGACACACAGCUACGACUCCGGGCUGGGCGGCUUGACUGACGCUGCCACCACCUUUGGCGAGGACAGCGGGAUCAUGACAGAGAGACCUCAAGGACACGUCAACAUGGCGGACAUUCUUGCGCGGGAAGAGGCAGAGCACACAAAUGGACACGGUGAAUCGACCGAAUCAGAGCACGAAGAGGACGGAGACUACGGCGGCGACUGA